AUGUCGAGCAUCUCAUUUGAUUUAAACGAGCUACUAUACGCAAGGCCAGACAAUGAGAUCACGGCCCGAGCGAUAAUGAACGACUUCCUAGAUGCGAACGUACUCGACGCUCUCAAUUUAGCAACCGCUACGCAAUACGCUAAUCAUACAAGAGCUAAAAUCACCUUAGCGGCCCUUAAACCCCUUUCUCAAGAGCUACAACCGGGUUUCUUAAAAUCCAAGGCCGAGACCCGCCAAAACCUAAGAGCAUUCCGGACAAAAUUAGCUUUCACUAAGGACAGCGUGCAGAUUUCCGUGCCCAACCUUAGCAACCCGAAAGAGGGAUCCAGCACCUUCGGACGUACCGACAAGCUCUUUAGAUCUCUUAACAAGCUACGUAUCGAUAAGAAGGAUACUAAAGGUAUGAGGAUCGCUAAGAGCGCGCUUAAAGCCGGUAACCCGAAUAGCCUUAGCGAUCUUGACGAUGACCGACGAAGAGGAAACGGAGGAGAUUGGCAAAGAGAUCGAGGCUACGAGCACGGAAGAAGUAAGAACGGCCUUUCUAGACCAUCAAAAGGAUUCGGAAACGGACCUUCAAAGGACCCCGGAUUCGGAAAUGAGCCUCUUAAGGACCUUAGAAAAGGACGGACCACCGGCAACUAUAUCGGUAACCCUUUACCGAUCAGACUAUUGGCCAGGCAAAGCACGCUUACGUACGGCACUUCAAGCGCUUUUAACGAUGAUAGAAACGAUUUCCUUAAGCUAAGAGCAGCAGACCUUCACCCAAGAGCGAAGGAAUUAGCUUUGUUCGCGCGAAGCUUUCCUAAAGAGCUGAAGAAAGAGAAUCUAAGGACCUCGCUUAGCGAGUGCUUUAAGAAGCUCGUUAAAAAGCUCAAAGGGAUUCAAGGCUCUUUACGACCAGGUUUAAAAGAUGAUCGAAGUUUUGCUAACAAGCUAUAUUCAGCUUGUAAAAACGUGCUAAAGACUACGAUUGCACGAAUGAACCUUGCUUUUACUUCUACCGCCGCAGUUGCCGACAUUCGCAAAGCUAUUGCGUUUGCAACUAAGACCUCCCGACCUCUUGCCAAAGCGAGUAAAAAAGCUGCCAAGGCUACUAAGGGUGAGAAAAGUACCGAAGGCGAGACCGUUUACUGCCACUUUACGGAAGAACAAUUAAGGACUAUCCACAAGCGUUUUGGCCACUUUUUAGCAGUGCACGAUCUCGGAACCAACUUCAAUUCGGCAACGUUCCGAGGCUACUUUAAAGGUAUUAGCAGCACUUUAAGGCAGAUGCUUAUGGAAGCCUAUCAUAGCGUCGAGCUAGUAGAACGCUACCACGUCUUUAUGCGACGCGCCUUUAAGAUCGUCACAAAGGAGCUUCUAAAAGCUUUAAGAGAGGACCGGCUUCAAAUAGCUAUUAAAGCUAUUAACGACACAGCUGGACCUAAUGGCCUGAUUCUUACACUCUUCGAGCGUGCUGCUGCUAUCAACAAGGCUAUAAGAGAAGUACGAAAAUGCUACGCUACGAAGCAAGUUAAGGACGCGCUCAAGAGGAGGAAUAGCCCAAUUACGGAGCAUACCUUAGACCUCCUUAUUGGCUCACGGAAGUACGAUCUUAGUAUCCCGACCGUGCUCGACGAAAAGGAGAGCGAUUCUUACGUUUUAUUUACUAAGGACUCCGAAGUGUUGAUUACCGAUAAAGAACGCCGGGACUAUAAGCUCUUAGCUAAGCUACGAGCCGAGGGAAUCAUUAAGAGCCUCGGGGCACUAUUUCAAGAGUCUAGAGCAAAGGAAUUAGCUAGAUUGAUGGCCUAA